UCUAUAUAAAACGUAAAAACAAAACCCAAUACGAUACUGUGAUAUCGUAAUACACAGUUCAGUGAAUCAGAGAUAAGAAAACAGCAUUAACUUUAUGAGUGUCCGGCGCGGUGACUACAGUAUGUUGAGACUGUAAAGCUCCUACAGUGAUUGGCAGGUGGUUCGUCCGUCCCCUUUUCCUUCAUCGUCCAUGAGCUCAUAAUGCAGCACAAACAGUGAAAGCAAGCCACUUAUAGUCUAAACACGGGUAAUGGAGACAGAAGCGAUGGAGCUGAACGGAGAUGCCAACAGAGGGAAUGUUGUAGAGCCUCCUCGGCCAAACCGCUUCUCCAGAAACACCCCCAUCAACAUGAACCAUUACGCCAAUAAGAAGAGCGCAGCGGAGAGCAUGCUGGACAUAGCGCUCCUGAUGGCCAACGCCUCUCAGCUGAAGACCAUUGUGGAGCUGGGCCCUGGUUUCUCCUUCUACGUCCCCCUCCUCACUCUCAUCAGCAUCUCUCUCAUCCUGCAGAUCCUUGUGGGGGUCCUGCUGAUCUUUAUAGUUAAAUGGAAUCUUAACGACACAAGUAAACACUUCAUACUGAAUCUACUGGAGAACAUCGUCACGGCUCUCGUCUUCAUCAUCGUAGUAGUAAAUGUUUUCAUCACAGCGUUCGGUGUCCAAAAACCAGAAGAAAAGAAAGUCUAGAGCAACGUUUUCUUGUGGUGUGCACAACCAAAGGACAUUCAAAAAGACAUUUACCAUUAGAAGCCAUACUGCCGUUACGAUAAAACUGUGUGCAGUCAAUGAAAGCCUUUAGUUUUUAAAAACUGAACUUUGUUUUAUCGAGCAACAUCAGUUUAAUACGUUUUUGUGGACUGUUUUGAAUCAAGUACUGAUGACUCAAAUUGUACUUUAGAAAAAAGUCUGGUUAUACAUUUAAAUAAUUAUGUUUCAAUAUAAUUGUGAAUAUCUGUUGUUUCCUCUGUCACAACUCUGUUUCCACUGAGAUUAUUCAGACUGUUCAAGGAACUCUGGAGAGUUUUGAGUUUUUCCAAAUCUGUGUACACAAAGCUCUGCAGAUUUCUGAAAUAUCAGUUUAGUUCCUAAAAAAUAACAAUUCAUGGAGCUACACCAAAUCCUCAACACAGAAGUGGACUGAACCAAUGCAUUUGCAUGGUAUUUUUAUAUUGCCUACCGGAGCCUCUUAUAUUAAAUAUAUGAAAAGCUGAGUUUAUAGAAGUUUUACAGAUUUUGAUAUGUAUGUUUAACAAAACAUUUAAACUUUGUGUUCACAAUAACUAAUGCACAAUGUAAGACGGUUUUAUUAAAUGUAUUAAGAAGCCUUGAUUUCUGAAGGAUUGACCAAACACAGUGAAGACUGAUAUAACAGCGCCCUCUGCUGAUAGAGAUGUUCACUAAAACUUUGUCUUCACAACUUUCCGUUUUCUCUGCAGUGACUAUAUUUUUUGUGAUUAUUUUGUUUCUUCUAUCCUUUGCAUUGUUUAUAUUCGAAUUUGUAUACAUAAAUAAAAAUUACCCUUGAUAUUCA